AUGCCCGCAAUAAGCCUGACUGCCACGACUAGAUAUAUUUGCGAAAUCUCACCCGCCAAACACCGCGGAGCUCUCACAACGGGUCCUCAACUCCUGAUAUGUGUUGGGCUCCUGGUAGGCUUUUUCACCUGCUACGGAACUGAGCGCAUUGAGUCAGACCUCUCUUGGCGGCUUCCCUUCAUCCUUCUCGCCUCUUAUUCUGUCACUUUCUCCACCGCUGCCUACUUGCUGUUACCAGCGUCGCCGAGGUGGCUGGCCCAUCAUGGAAAGCCUACGCAUGAAGUGUCAGCGGCUUGGGAGACUCUUGGUAUCCAUGGCGAGGACCAAGAGGAUAUGGCGGAGCCGUUUGAGAACGCCGAGGCCAAGGCAUCAUCAUCAUCAUCAUCAAAUACAAUGGACCUCUUUUCCCCCGAAGCACGACCGCGGUUCUCUAUGGCUGUCUUCCUGCUGGCCAUGCAACAAUUCUGUGGCAUCGAUGGUGUCAUGUAUUAUGCUCCAAUGCUCUUCCGUCAGGCCGGUAUCGGUUUGAACGGGGACACUUUCCUCGUCUCGGGUAUUCUGUCGAUUGUCAUCUGUGCCGUCAGCAUUCCGGGCACCAUCUGGGCUGAUGGUUGGGGCCGACGCGCCAACACCAUCUUUGGUGGCUUGGGCAUGGCCGGGGCCAUGUUCAUCAUCGGUGCACUGUACGCCGCAGAUGUCGUGCAUGCCACGGGUCCGGCCAGAUGGAUCGUCAUCGUGGUUAUCUACAUCUUUACCGUCAUAUACUGCGUCUCGUGGGGUAUCGUCUUGAAGAUCUACGCGGCCGAGAUUCAACCUCAAAAAACCCGGGCCAGCGCCACGAGCAUUGCCCACGGUGCCAACUGGCUGACCAACUUCACCGUUGCCCUCAUCACCCCGAUCCUGCUAGCAAGCUCUAGAUACGGCGCUUAUUUUCUCUUCGGUGGAUGCACGCUCCUUACAGCGGCUAUCUGCUGGUUCUGGAUGCCCGAGACUAGAGGACGAACACUGUCGGAGAUACAGCGUGCAUUCCACGCCAACACCUCAAGUGACCUGGAGAGCUCAGGCAAAUCCAUCCAAAAGACACCACAAACAGCAUCUGGGGUUUUUGUACAGGAGGAGGAGACCAAGCAAGAGAAGAACUAG